AUGGAACUACAAAGUAGAAUAGUUAGAUGGUAUAACUCGACUGUUCAAGCAAAAUGCCGAUAUAAAUUUAUUGGUGUGGAAGCGGCCCAUGGUAUCGGUGACGGUCACCUGGGCAGCCUCCACCGGUUGUAUCACGUGUCUUGGUCAGCCAAUCUUGGAAGGAAUAUAUUCGUGUGCACCAAGACCUUGAACCAGUACCUUGACCAACGGCAGAUCCGGAACGGUGACACGCGACACCACACCACUGCCUCAUUCACCCAUCCUCCCGCCAUUGCGAAUAUGCAAGUCCAAUCUUUGAGGAAAUAUGAACAUCCAAAUAUAGGUUUGUCGGUCAGUGACGUCACAGCCCAUACUGUUGCCUCAGUAGUCGCUGGAGGCCCUAAGUUGACUGAUCAACGUCGGCGACCCACAACGAGGCUGUGGAGGAUAACGCGGUUGUAA